AUGGGAGAGGACACAGACAGUACAGGGUCAACUGAGUGACGUGGAUGUCUCUAUAAGUGAAAAACCAAGUGCAUAUGAUAAAUCACUAUUACACUUGAAGAUAGCCACCCAGGCAGACCUGAAGAGAAAAUUUAGAAACAUAUCAGAAGGCGUUUCCUCCAAAGGCCGCUCAGCAUCUCUGAAUGACGUCUUUGUAGAGGUGUAUAUUACAGAGGGUGGAACAGAAAAUAUAAAUGACCAACAUGAGAUGAGACAGAUUGAGAUGGCCCGCCAGAUGACAACAAAUGGAGACACUCUGAUCAAAUGCACAGACUUAUUCAAAUGUCUUCCUGAACAAAAAGUGCAAAUUACAUCUGUCCUAACCAAGGGGAUUGCCGGGAUCGGAAAGACUGUCUCUGUCCAGAAAUUUAUUCUGGACUGGGCAGAACAAAAGUCAAAUGACGACAUUGCAGUUAUAGUCCCACUUCCUUUCCGAGACCUAAAUCGGAAGAAAGGAAACUACAGCUUGACGGGCCUGCUCCAUAUCUAUGCACCACAGUUAAAAAGGGUGAAGAAUCUUGAAGAAAUUGCAAAGAAAACACUGCUAAUAUUGGAUGGACUUGAUGAAUGCCGACAUCCUCUGGAUUUUCUAAAUAAUCCAUGGUGGUCAGAUAUCUCAAAGCCCACCUCAGUUGGUGUGUUGUUGACCAACCUGAUCUCAGGGAAUCUGCUUUCCUCAUCAGAAGGAGGAGUACUUCAGGAAGAGAAUCGGAAAUGA